AACCCCGGAGAAGUUACUGGGGCUAUUUUCUUCUCUUCUUGUCCUCAUCCUAUUCCCCAAGCUUGGCUCUACCUACCCGAACUGGAAUCUCCGCAAUUGACAAUGCUGGGUAUACUUACUACGGCACUGCUCGCCUUGAGUGGCAGCUUGGUGAAUGCCCACGGGUCGCAUUCCAGCCCCCAGGAUCCCUCUGCAGAUUGGGCGACUCGGCACAUGCAAGAGGAACAUCACAUCGAUACCUUUGACGGCGGCUCUUUCUUCACCCUUCACGACUACGAUUCAUCCGGAGCGUGGACACCCGAUGAAGUACGGAAAACAUACGGCAUGGACGACGAGUCCAAUGCGGGCCUCACUGAGGAGCGGAAGUUGGAAGCGCUGAGGGAGGUCUUUACUCUUUUCGAUCCGGCGAAUACUGGGUUCAUCAGCCGCGAAAAUUGGUUGCACCUUAUCUCCGACGGCGUGAAACUGCCGGAUUUUGGGUUCGGGCCUGGCCAUCACGGGGAUAUUGAGUACGAAUACGAGAUCCAUCACUUCGAAAUGUACCACGGCGAGGAUGCGACGGAGGAGGAACUCACGCACCCUGAAGACAUUGAGCAUUUCAAGAGACAUGACGAGGAGGACGCGGCGAUGGAUAAACUGGAGCAGCUUGAACGGAUGGCAAUUGUUGCGGCAAACAUUCCGGCGAAAUUCCGAAAGCAAUAAGUUUGAUUAUAUGUAGAUUUAUACAUUUUCCAUAUUUGCAUAUGUGUAUUAUUGCGGUCCGUCACUUACGCUUCAAGGAUAUACCAGGAUAGAUACCAUUCUAAUGACUACAUGAUCCACCAGGACUGGCUUA